CCGCCUCCCCGCCGCCCGCCCUGAUUGCCCGCCAUGGGGGCCGCCGUGUUUUUCGGCUGCGCCUUCGUGGCUUUCGGCCCGGCCUUCGCCCUCUUCCUGCUGACGGUGGCCGGAGACCCGCUGCGGGUCAUCAUCCUGGUGGCGGGGGCCUUUUUCUGGCUGGUCUCCCUGCUCCUGGCCUCCGUGGUCUGGUUCCUGUCGGUCCAGUGGAGCGACCGGAGCGACGCCCGGCUCCAGACCGGACUCCUGCUCUUCGGGGCGGCCGUGGCCGUCCUCCUCCAGGAAGCCUUCCGCUUCGCCUAUUACAAGCUGCUCAAGAAAGCGGACGAGGGGUUAGCGUCGUUGAGCGAGGACGGGCGGUCCCCCAUAUCGAUCCGGCAGAUGGCCUACGUGUCCGGAUUGUCCUUCGGCAUCAUCAGCGGCGUCUUCUCCGUCAUCAACAUCCUGGCGGACGCUCUGGGGCCCGGCAUAGUCGGGAUCCACGGGGAUUCCCCCCACUACUUCCUCACGUCCGCGUUCCUGACCACGGCCCUGGUCCUGCUGCACACCUUCUGGGGCGUCGUGUUCUUCGACGCCUGCGAGCGACACAGAUACUGGGCCCUCGGGCUGGUGGUGACCAGUCACCUGCUGACCUCGGGCCUGACGUUCCUGAACCCCCGGUACGAGGCCAGCCUGCUGCCCGUCUACGCGGUGACCGUGGCCAUGGGGCUGUGGGCCUUCGUCACGGCCGGCGGCUCCCUCGGCGGCGUCCGACGCAGCUUCUCGUGCGGGCGGGCGGAGGACAGCGGCGUGAUGAUGUACUCGGCCCUUCGCUUCCCCACCGAGGACUGAGCGGGCGGGAGGGAGGGACGGGCGGGGGGAGAGGGGCUGGGGAGGCCCCUUCCCCCCGGUCACCGGAUCCCUGGGUGACCCGGGGCGGCGGGGGAAGUGUGUGUGUGGGGGGGGGGGAGACUCGACGGUUGCCGUGGAGAUGGGACUCUGAGCCGGCGGGGAGGGGGUAGAGGGGCAGAGGGGACGCGGGGGUUUGGGCAGCGGGAGGGUGGGACGGAAGCCCCCUCCCCCCAGGCCCACGCCGACCAGUCUGGCUGGAGCCCGCCUCGCUCUCUCGGGCCCGUGGCCCCGGAUGGGUCUGUUUUUAAGAGGGGGAGCGGGUCACCGACCCCUCGGUCUCUUCCUCCUUCCACCCCCCCGCCCCCGGUCGACCCCUCUCUGCCCCUCCUCCUCCCCCCGCGAGAUCCUGGGGCAACUGAGGCGAGGGACGGUUAGGCCCGGGCAGGAGCCGAGGCGUCUGGAUCCUAAUGGCCUCCGUUUUCACCCUCCCACCCGCCCUCGGCCCCCAGGGUGGGGAGGGG